AAUAGACCGCGAAGGUCUCUGGGAAAUGGAGUCCAGGACAGGAAAGCUGCGAACCGGUUCCGACUUUUCUCUGCAUUAAGCUGCACUCUUAGGUUCUGGGUGCGCCGCUGAAGGGAGGUCGCACCGGCAACCCCCUACGCUGAUCCCCGCGCACUGAGCACUGCGGCCUUAAAUGCGCGACUGGCACUCUCACUGCCGGCAAGCAGGGAGGCCAUUCCCACCCGGGCGAGCCGCAGGGGCCUCUGGGAAAUACAGCGUCUAACGGACCAAGGCUUGUGUUGUCCUCAGCCGCAGCCGCGGUGACCUCAGUGGCGCUCCUGUCAAGGCGCACUGCCUGUGCCCGUUGGGCUGCGUUGGGGUGUGGAAUCCGGGCCUGUGUUCGUGAGCUCUGUGAGUUCUUCAAGUAGUAAGAAUUCCUUCAUUCAUAUUUACUGAAUGCCAUCUAUAUAUCAGGCACAAAUCUAAGUGUUUUGGAAGCAGUGAACAAGAGACAAACCCCCUUCUAUCAUGGUGCUUACACUGUUGUGAGCCAGAUAAUAAGCAAGUUCUGACUUCUUGAGUCCCCUUCCUUUCCAGAAAAAAGGAUAUGACUGAGUCCCAGGGAACAGUGACAUUCAAAGAUGUGGCUAUUGACUUCACCCAGGAGGAGUGGAAGAGAUUGGAUCCUGCUCAGCGUAACCUGUACCGGAAUGUGAUGCUCGAAAACUAUAACAACUUAAUCACAGUGGGUUAUCCAUUCACCAAACCUGAGGUGAUUUUCAAGUUGGAGCAAGAAGAAGAACCAUGGGUGGUGGAGGAAGAAGUAUUAAGAAGGCACUGUCCAGGAGACUUAUGGGGAAUUGAUGAUCAUCAGAAAUGCCAUAACAGACUUUUGAAACAAGUUGAAGAUAAAUUCAAGAAAACACUGACUGAAGAAAAAGUCAAUGAAUGUCAAAAGAAAUUUGCAAAUGCAUUUCCUUUGAACUCAGAUUUUGUUCCUACCAGCUACAGUCUUUAUGAAUAUGACUUUAGACCUUGUUUGGAACAUAAUUUUGACUGUUAUAAUAAUGUGAAAUGCCUUAUAAGAAAGGACCAUUGUGAAUAUAGUGAAUCUGUGAAAUCAUAUGGCAAUAGUUCAUCAUAUCUUGUAGUAACUCCCUUUAAGUGUAAUCAUUGUGGAAAAGGCUUCAGUCAAACAUUGGACCUCAUCAGACACUUGAGAAUUCAUACUGGAGAGAAACCUUAUGAAUGUAAUAAGUGUACAAAAGCCUUCAGCCACAAGGAAAAACUCAGUAACCAUCAUAAAAUUCACAGUAGGGAGCAGUCUUAUGAAUGUAAUGAAUGUGGGAAAGCUUUCAUUAAAAUGUCAAAUCUCAUUAGACAUCAAAGAAUUCAUACUGGAGAAAAACCCUAUGCAUGUAAGGAAUGUGGGAAAUCCUUCAGCCAGAAAUCAAAUCUCAUUGAUCAUGAAAAAAUCCAUACUGGAGAGAAACCUUAUGAAUGCAACGAGUGUGGGAAAGCAUUCAGCCAGAAGCAAAGCCUCAUUGCACAUCAGAAAGUUCAUACAGGGGAGAAACCUUAUGCUUGUAAUGAAUGUGGUAAAGCCUUCCCUCGAAUUGCAUCCCUUGCUCUUCAUAUGAGAAGUCACACCGGAGAAAAACCAUAUAAAUGUGAUAAAUGUGGAAAAGCCUUCUCUCAGUUUUCUAUGCUUAUUAUACAUGUGAGGAUUCAUACAGGUGAGAAACCCUAUGAAUGUAAUGAGUGUGGAAAAGCUUUCUCUCAAAGCUCAGCCCUUACUGUACAUAUGAGAAGUCACACUGGUGAGAAACCCUAUGAAUGUAAGGAAUGUAGAAAAGCCUUCAGCCACAAGAAAAACUUCAUUACACACCAGAAAAUUCAUACUCGAGAGAAGCCUUAUGAAUGUAAUGAAUGUGGGAAAGCUUUCAUUCAGAUGUCAAAUCUUGUUAGACACCAGAGAAUUCAUACUGGAGAAAAACCCUAUAUAUGUAAGGAAUGUGGUAAAGCUUUUAGCCAGAAAUCAAAUCUCAUUGCUCAUGAAAAAAUUCAUUCUGGAGAGAAACCCUAUGAAUGUAAUGAAUGUGGUAAAGCCUUCAGCCAAAAGCAAAAUUUUAUUACACAUCAGAAGGUUCAUACAGGAGAGAAACCUUAUGAUUGUAAUAAAUGUGGUAAAGCCUUCUCUCAAAUUGCAUCCCUUACACUUCAUUUGAGAAGUCACACAGGGGAAAAGCCUUAUGAAUGCGAUAAAUGUGGGAAAGCCUUCUCUCAGUGUUCACUGCUUAACCUGCAUAUGAGAAGUCAUACAGGUGAGAAGCCCUAUGUAUGUAAUGAAUGUGGAAAAGCCUUCUCUCAAAGAACUUCCCUUAUUGUGCACAUGAGAGGACAUACAGGUGAGAAACCCUAUGAAUGUAAUAAAUGUGGAAAAGCCUUCUCUCAGAGCUCAUCCCUUACCAUACAUAUCCGAGGUCAUACAGGUGAGAAACCCUUUGACUGUAGUAAAUGUGGGAAAGCCUUCUCUCAGAUUUCAUCUCUUACUCUUCAUAUGAGAAAACAUACAGGUGAGAAGCCCUAUCACUGUAAUGAGUGUGGCAAGGCUUUUAGCCAAAAAUCUCACCUUGUUAGACAUCAGAGAAUUCAUACUCAUUAGAAACCCUACAAACGGUGUAAAUAUAGGAAAACUCAGAAGGAAUUAUCAUCUCAUUGCACAUUACAUGAUUGAUUUUAGAGCAGAAAACUGAGGAUGAAAAAGCUUUCUGAAGUCACAAAUUCAUGAAACAUUAGAGAAUUCUUACCAAGGUGACAAGUUGUAUAAUGAAAAAGCUCAUCAUUGACACCAUCAAAUAUCUUACUGAUAAUAUUAAUCAGUAUUUUCAUUAAAAUCUGAAACAAGAUAUCUGCUAUCAGCAUACUAACAUAAUACUUGAACUCUUAGCCAAUUUAUUAAGCAAGAAAAAGAUUGGGAAGAAAGAAAAAUGAUAAAAAUAAGCUUUUAUACAAGAAACAGUUAAUUAGAAAAUAUAUUGAUAGAAAAUAUCUAAAAAAUUAAUCAUGAGACAAAUAUAAAGUUAUAGAGAUGUUGAAGGCACAAAAGAACACCUGGAAAAUGGAGAGAAAUUAUGUCUAAAGAGACAUGACCUUGUAAAACUAUAAGUUCUCUCUAAAAUCUGUAAAUUCAAUGUACUUCCACUCAAAGUUUACACCAGUUAGUUAUAUUUUAAGAAACUUCACAGACUGAUUAAAAAAUUUUAUAUGGAAGAUAAAGAACUACAAAUAGCUGAAAUAAGUUUGACAAAACAAAUAAGGAAGACAUACUACUAGAUGUCAUCACAUCCUUUAUUUAAAGCUAUUGUCAUUACAGUGUGUUAUUAAGUGAAUAAAUAAAUGAAUCAGUGGUAACAAACCAAGAAUCAAUACAAAAAUCCAAAAGACACUAGAAUUUUGUGUAUGAUACGUCUAUUGAAAUCACUGGGGGAAAGAUUCCCUGCUCAGUAAGUGGAAGAUUCAUAUGAGCAAAAAAUGUUAGCUCUCUAUAUUAUGUAAAAAAAUCAAAUAGACUUAAGACCAGAAUAUAAAAUGAGAAAUUCUAAAACUAUGAUGAAAAUAAAAUAGAUACUAAUUAGAACAACAAGAUUCUUUUAAAACACAUAAACAUGGAGCAAUCGAUUUUAUUUUGGUGUAUUGAUCUCAGAGGUAUCCACAUACAUGCACAGAGAUAUAUAUUGAUAUUUGCCCUAAUUAGGAUAUAACAUAGAUUUCAUCAAUAAAGAAAUAGACCAGUAAAAUGUGACUGUUUCUAUAAUUGAAAUCUAUAGAGUAUUUAGAGAGAAAAUACAAAAUUCACCUACAGCUAGAUGAAUAAAUAACAUAUAACAGAAAAAUGCAGAAUUUCCAAUGAAACAUGCUCUAUAACAUUCAAAUAAUUUAAUACAAUGUUA